ACGUGUCUGCGGCUGGCUAAGUACGUGUGUAUAUUCACAACAGAUUCUCCGAUUCACAGAAUCAUCGAAUAACAGACGUUAAACAGCUACUCGACAAGUUAAAUGAAUGCCUGCAACUUUGGCGCCGCCACUAAACAAUGCACUAAUCAUACCAAUUUGAUUUAAAUCAAAUGCCAACAGCAGCAGCAACAACAACAACAACAACAGCAACGACAAUUCAGUUUAUGUUAAUCAAUAUGAGUGCAACAAGAACAUUAACAACAAUAACAACAAGAAGGGCUGCCAACUGGCGCUGGCUGUGUUUAAGCUGCUUCCUUUGCCUCGCUGCAGUGGCACAGGCCAGCAAUGGGAGCGGUAGCGGAAUCGGCGGUGGCAGCCACUCUUCACCAAAGUCAAUGGCAAGGCCAACGGCAGCGAUUCCCAAGGAUACCACGCACAUCAACAAAUACAAAAGGCAGGACAAAUACCAACAGCAGCAGCAGCAGCAGCAGCAGUUGCAGUUGCACCAGAAGCAGCAGCAGCAGCUGCAGCUGCGAAGUGAUGCUGUUGCAGCUCGUUUGACUGGCGCAAAGCAACAAAAACCACUGACAAGAGGCGCACACGGACUCAACAAAAAGCUGCUCAACAAAAUGGGCUUCAUGAAGGUUAAGGCGCCCAACAGCCAUAACCGGAAACGGCUGGCGGUUGAAUCACGACGUCACGCAUCACGGGAUGAUUCACAUAUGUUCAUCAUCAAACUGCCGCCAAAUCUGCACUAUUAUACAGCGCCCAGCAGCAGCAGCAGCGGCAGCAGCGGCGGCAGCAGCAGUUCACGGAAUGCAUUGGAUGUUGUUGCUGCCCCAAAGGUAAUGCCUCAUCCGAUGGCCAACAGUGUGCAACACGACAACGCACAAAAGAUUUCGAAUGCGCCCGGAGCGGAGGCCGUUGCGGCAACGGAGGCGUCGGCGUUGAAAACUAACGGGAAAAAGGUCUCGUUUCCGUUUAGCUCGAAUGGCCGGCCGGGUCGUAUCUAUCAUUGGAAUCUGCCCGUUCUGAAGCAGGCGCUGCACAAGAAACCACAUUUUGCUCACGUAUCGCAAGAGGAUCGCAAUCGCUUGCUGGAUAUUGAGAACAUACCGACGUGGCGCAAACCCUGGGAGAAUGACACCAUCGAGAAGAGUUUCACAACGGGCACCGGCAAAUCCAAGUAUCGAAAAUCAUUGAAGCAAAAAUCACCCACAUAUUAUGCACCCGCUCAAGCGGUCAACAAGCAAAGUUUCCACAAAUACUUUGCGGGCAAUGGGAAACCGAAGGGCUUCUAUGUGAUCAAGGAGCACCAGACGAAACCGCAGUUCUAUCAGAAUAUCAUAUCAUAAGUUUAACUUUCACUUAAUUCGUAUCCAUCUAUAAGACUGUGUGGUGUGGGCAUCUACUAAUUAUAUAUAUAUAUAUAAUCUUUUUUUAUUUAUGUAUACAACUCGUAUACAACAAUUGAAUAACCGACUACGAGUUGAGAGUUCCAGUCUUAGUUUCGAGUAUUUCCGUCCUGACAUCAAACUAGGAGUGUGGAGAUGUAUUCUGUUUAUGAAAUCAACUAAUUUUUAUAUAUAAACCUGUGACUAUCAAUCAACUGGAAAUCUUAUAAUACUUAUAUCAGCUAAUCGUAUGUUUAAGUGCAUGCACGAAUUUGUUUUGGUAAAUAAAUAUGACGACUGAUUUAA